UGAGAACAAACCCUAAAUUUACUAUUGUAUCAUUAAAGAAGAGAAAAAAAAAUAAUAAAAAUUCCAAAAUGACCUCUUAUAUACUUGUGAAACAUAUAGACCAUAUGCGCCUAGAUGUACUCUAAAAAUUGUCUAAUACGAGUUUUAAAGCAUACAAGUUCAUAGUCCACUCACUAUAAAGUUGAGUAUAAAAAUAAAAAGAGAACUAACUCAGAAAAUAUCGCCUCACCUCACUCUCCACCAUAACCGCACGAUCAAAAUCCAACGGCUAAGAUUUCUCUUCAAACCGUUGAAAAUCACCACCUUUUAAAUCAAACAAAAAUUACCAUUUCUUUCUCUCUCCAUUCUCUGCAACUCAGAAGCUUUCAACAAUGGCGUCAAUGGCUCUGAGUUUAACCUCUUCCACUACCUAUUCUCUCUCCUUCAGAUCUCUUCCUUCUCUCAAACCCAUCUCUAAAUCUCACCCCUCCAUUUCCCUCCCUUCCAUCAGAUCCAACGCUCUCAAAUCCUCCUCCUCCUCAUCUUCUCACUCUCACAAACACUUUCUCUCUCCUCCUUCUCUUCUUCCUCUUCCCAACACUCUCAAAUUCAAACCCAUUUCAUCUUCUGCAACAAACCCACCUCAAAUUCAACCUCAACCAUGGCAGGGAGCUUCAAUCAAACCCUUAAUCGCAUCAAUUUUAACUGGGGUUAUAAUCUGGUUCAUCCCAACCCCAGAAGGUGUUUCCAGAAACGCAUGGCAACUCCUCGCAAUCUUCCUUUCCACCAUUGUUGGAAUCAUCACUCAACCUCUUCCUUUAGGUGCAGUCGCUUUAAUGGGGUUAGGUGCUUCAGUUCUUACCAAAACCCUAACAUUUUCCGCCGCAUUUUCCGCUUUUGGUGACCCAAUUCCAUGGUUAAUCGCGCUCGCUUUCUUCUUCGCUCGUGGGUUCAUCAAAACUGGACUCGGCAAUCGAAUUGCGUACCAAUUUGUGAAAUUAUUUGGGAGUUCUUCAUUAGGGUUAGGUUAUAGUCUUGUUUUUAGUGAAGCACUUUUAGCACCUGCAAUUCCAUCUGUUUCUGCAAGAGCAGGUGGGAUUUUCUUACCAUUGGUUAAAUCUUUGUCUGUUGCUUGUGGGAGUAAUGUGGGAGAUGGAAGUGAGAGGAAAUUAGGGGCUUGGUUGAUGUUAACAUGUUUUCAAACUUCUGUGAUUUCAAGCUCUAUGUUUUUGACUGCUAUGGCUGCUAAUCCUUUGAGUGCAAACUUAACAUUUAACACUAUUGGUCAGGCAAUUGGGUGGAUGGAUUGGGCGAAAGCCGCUUUCGUUCCCGGGUUGGUUUCUUUGAUUGUCGUUCCUUUGCUUUUGUAUGUGGUUUACCCUCCUGAGAUCAAGACUAGUCCUGAUGCGCCUCGCCUUGCCAAGGAGAAGUUGGAUAAGAUGGGUCCUAUGACCAAGAAUGAGUCUAUAAUGGCUGUUACUUUGCUACUCACGGUGGGAUUGUGGGUUUUCGGAGGAGCUUUGAAUAUUGAUGCAGUCACUGCUGCAAUUCUUGGAUUAUCUGUGCUGCUCAUUACUGGUGUUGUCACCUGGAAAGAGUGCUUAUCAGAGUCGGUGGCUUGGGAUACCCUUACUUGGUUUGCUGCACUUAUUGCCAUGGCUGGUUAUCUCAAUAAGUACGGUCUCAUUUCUUGGUUCAGUGAAACUGUGGUCAAGGUUGUUGGUGGUUUAGGCCUUUCAUGGCAGAUGUCUUUUGGUAUUCUAGUUCUUCUUUAUUUCUACUCUCACUACUUCUUUGCUAGUGGAGCUGCACAUAUAGGUGCCAUGUUCACGGCCUUCUUGUCAGUUGCAAGUGCGCUAGGGACACCACCUUUUUUGGCAGCCAUAGUUCUUUCAUUCCUCUCCAAUCUUAUGGGUGGCCUCACUCACUACGGUAUUGGUUCAGCCCCAGUUUUUUACGGUGCUAAUUAUGUUCCCCUCCCGCAAUGGUGGGGAUAUGGUCUCCUCUGCUCAAUAGUCAACUUAAUAAUCUGGCUCGGAGUUGGAGGCAUUUGGUGGAAGGCGAUUGGAUUGUGGUAACCUGAUGGUGCUCAAAGAAUUCGCUGACCCUGCAAUUCAGUAGUUCUCGCAGAUAUUGCUUAUUAUAUACGAGUUCCUAGAGGUAGCCUCUGAAUUUUUGUUUACGAUUUUUUAUUUAAAGAAUAUUUAUUUCCCCACAUUGUCUCUGCGAAUUGGAACAGAUAAAGAAAUAUGAAGAGCCAUAGUAGUUCAACUUUGUUGUACUGCCACUAGAAAUACUUUUAAUUCCUUACAGAUUGAUUGCUUUUCGAAAUUUUGGUAAUGUAAAAUUGUAAAGUACUUGAUGCCUUUCUACAAGGCAUCUAAGAACAAACCACCCACCUCCCUCCUUUCCGCGAUGAAUCCCUUAACCGUGGAUGUUGAAGGCUGGUGGUAUUACCUACUGAGCCAACCACAAUUUCUAACUGAUUGGCUUUUUGAUAGUCAUUAAAUAUAUAUUCUGAUCAUUAUUCACUCAA